AUGCAAGAGGAAGGUUGUCUUCUUGUCUGGCCUGACUCUGGAUGUUCAAGCCUUCAGCUUAGUCAGCAUCAUGAUGUAACAUUCAGAGUUGCUGGUUCCAGAAAAGCCAAUUCCUGUAAUCGAGCAGUGUUCUACCAUGGAGCUACUAAUGAAAAUAUGAAUUUCUUGCACAUGUCUUGCCCAGCAUUGGAAAGUUGCAUACUAAAGGCUAGAAUUAACGUUGUUUUGUACAACAUCAUGACAGAUGAAACCAAAGGCUACAGUGGCAGGAAUUAUACUUCAGAUAAUGAAGCUCCUGCUUGGGAAGCUGCAGCUCUAGGUGUCUGUCUGAUUCCUGUUGUUCUCUGCUCUUAUCUCAUCUUCCUUUGCUUUUGUACUGUGGCUCCUGCAGCAGGGUACUGCAGAAGUAGGAAAGGUCACUACCAACCUGUACGGAGAGGAAGAACAAUUUCUAGGCAAAUAAAAUACACUACUGUCCAAGGUAGUUUGUAAAAUACAGUCACCACCCUUGUUGUGGAACAAACAGCCUUUUUAAUAUGAAUCAUGUUUCCUCACCUAAUUCUUUUACAGAACAAAGAAUAAGUUUCAGAAUCAUUCAGCUGUAAUUUCAUUCUUAUCAAUUAAAAAUAUUUCCAUGGUCUCGUUGGGUAAGAAGAGCACACUCACAGGUCUCACUACAUGUUCAAAUCUGUUUGAGCACAUUUUGGUACAUAAUCUGACUCAGAAUAAUGCCUAACAAAAACAAUACAUUUACCUUAAGAGAGCAGAUUCACUGCAGUUUUACAUGACCUCUGCCCUGACUUUGAACAGCCUUAGAGAAUUUAAAAUGCAAUCAAUAAAACUGAUUGAAAUUUUAUAAUAUCAUAAAAGGUUUAAUUCUAACAAUUAUUUAAUUGCCUCAGAUCUAGUUGUUUCCAUAAAAACUGUAUUCGUUUUCUCCUGUUAAAUUCUAGAUUUUUUUUCACUACAUACCCUUAAUACUGGAACAAAACUAUUUAACCAGCACUGUUUACUUUCUUCAUCUUUCUUAAAAGAAAAAUACCCAUUAAAAAAAUAUGUCCCCAAAACUACUGAAUUCCAUUAAGUCAAACAUCUGAUCAUCCAAUUAUUUAUGCUUUGCUUUCACCUCAAUAUUCUGACAAUUACUUCAGAUGUUUUUGAAGCCCUCCUAGAAGUACCAUUAGACUUCUCCUGUUUUUUAAACUUACUUGCUGUGUGAUACAUUGACAGAUCUACUCUACUAUUAGCUAAGGAAAGCACAAAUGCAACUAAGAAUUGUUCAUGAAUUGCAAUUACAGUCGAUUUGUACUGUCCACCCUGCCUUGCUUUAUUGUGCCUAUACAUAUUUAUCAUUUACAUCAUUUGCUUUUUUAAAUAUGGACAUUUAAUGUAUGUUGCACAGAAAUACACAAAAAGAUUUUGAAAGCUCUAGAAGUUAGCAUUAUAAUUAACCAAACUUUUUCUGUUUCUUCAUCCUGUAUAUUCACUUCAUAAAACUGCUACUCCUGAACAUAAAUCAAGUGACUACAUCAACAAGGUUUUUC